UUCCCUUUUUCUUCUCCCAUCAUCUCUCUCUUUUCCAGCUCAAGAUCGUUCUUUAAUUUCUAGCUUCUUCGCUCAUCUCUGUUCAUUUCAACUUCUGCGAUCUCCCUCCCUCUCCCUGCAGAUAUUCUUUAUAUUACCGUCUCGUCCUCUGGUUCAGAAACGAGCAACUCGGACGGCAUGGAAAACUGCUCAUCCCCUGAUUCUUAUAUCCGAUUGGUGCACCGUCUAAUUGAGGAAUGCAUCCUGUUCAACAUGAGCAAGGAAGAGUGCAUGGAAGCUCUUUCCAAACACGCCAACAUCAAACCAGUCAUUACUUCCACCGUGUGGAAGGAGCUGGAGAAAGAGAAUAAGGAGUUCUUCGAGGCAUACAUGAGAAACAGAGCGGAUAGGGCUUCAGAGACAGAGACAAGGAGAAGGAUACACGACGUGGUUUCGGAGUCUUCCUCCUCCUCCUCCCAUGGAGUUUAGGUUUCGGACGCAAACAACCUUAGUCGUUCAAAUUAAUAAUUCAAGACGGACAGUACCCGCAAUAACGCCCCUGCCAAGUGCCUGCUAGCUAGCGACCUUUUUUCUUCGGAGCAAGACAAAAAUAAAAAAAAAAGGGAUGAAACGUCGUCGUAGUGGUCCAGGAGUUUGAAAUGGGAACUCCACAGCGACGGGGGAAAUAUGACACGGCGUACACGUGUGUAAAUGCGAAGGAGAUGAUCCAAUACGAGACGCGUGCCACAGCCAGCCCCCGUCCUGCGUAGUAUAAUGUGACGGUUGUGUCGUUUGGUGUUAUGUAUAGUUCACACCGCCGAAUGGUGAUGGACUGAUAGUAUGUUGACUUGUAUUGUUUUGUAAGGGACUGAGUUGCCAUCACUGAUACGGUAUCGUUUCGCCUUAUGUGCCUGCUUUGUAAUGGAUUUUUGGAAAUUGAUAAUCA